GUGUAAGCAGGGAAGCAUGGACGCUUUGAGCAGGCAGCGGCCAAACACACGCCCUUGAAGCUAGGCAAUGUCGAGAAAAGGCAGAUGCAUGAUGGGGCUGACUUUGAAAUCCAUAUAAAUCUUACGUCUACGCUGGAGGAGUUGGUGUCCCUUGACUUUGGCUACAGGGAACCCAGUGAUCGCACAUUCACUGUAGCGCAGGUGGCUGGCCUCCAAAAAAAACAGAAAGUAAGUGGUUCAAUACUUGAUAGGAAACAAGGACCAACUUGUAUGAAUCUUCCAUAUUCAAUAUGAGGGUUGAGUAGAUGUGGUGUCUUUUUUCCUGUAUUGUAGGUUGGAAAGAUCGAGGCGAAGGUCGUGUGGCUGCAGGCCGGCAGUAAAAUGGUCAAUGUCUAUGGCAAUCUGCGGGAGGUCAAGGAUUGCCAUGUUGCUGACCACACCGGGAAGAUUAGGCUGUCCCUCUGGGGGGGGGCUUAUUGGGAAAGUGGUGCAUGGCGUGUCCUAUGUCCUGACGGACCUCUCGGUCCGUGAAUGGGGAGGGUUGUUUCUGACGUCUACGAAGACCACCGCCAUCCGGGUCUCAGAGGAGGAGGUCCUGGUUCCAGAAUCAGUUGCGAGGCAGCAACUGGAGGUGGAGCAGCAGGAGGAGGUGGAGCAGCAGGAGGAGGAGGAGGUGGAGCAAGAGGAGGAGGUGGAGCAGCAAGAGGAGGAGGAGGUGGAGCAGGAGGGGAUCACCACGGUGCGGGGACAAGUCUGUGGAGUCAAACUAGCUUACCAACGGCAGUGCAGCAGCUGCCACGAAGGGCAGCUGGCCUUCAACCUAAAGGCCAAAAACAAUCGCUGCGAGGCCUGUGGCUUUUGUCAGAGGGUCGGGUCAUAUGUAAAGGCUGCCACCGGGACAGUCUGGCUCAAUAUGACACUCACGUUGAAAUUGACCUCGACUGUCCUGAUGACAUGCCUGAGUCAAAACGACCUCCAGGAGCUGCUUUCAGAUGUGCAGUUGGUGGAGGAGCACUUAAUGGAAGUGGGGGUGUUUGUUAUCCAAUACAAUGCCAACAAUGAGGUUGUCGUUGUCACAACAGGGAAUGUUUGAAUGUAGGGUAGUCGUAAUUAAUAGCAUAUUAAGAAGUUGUAUCAUAAUAAUUCAGUGUCAUUUUAAUGGCACAGAAGAUAUUUUUUAUCAAUGAAAUCCCCAUUUAAAAUAUGAAAACAUAUUUCUUGCAUAGCUGAGUGGAUUUGUGGGAUGUAUAUAAGCUACAUGUCAACGAGAUUUGGUCUUUCUUAACUGGUUGUAAUUGGGUAUUAUUUUACUUUUAGUCAAGUAUAUCAGCGGUCCCCAACCACCGGGCAGCGGACCGGUGCCGGGCCGCGGGACAUUCCUAACCGGGCCGUAGCUUAACGAGGCUACGACAUGACUAGAAAAA